GGCCUUCUGUGUUGCCAUCAGAUGCGUUGCUAUCUUGGUUCAAUGCCAAGAUAGCAACUUGCAGCUUCUCGCACAGGACUCGCCGUAGCCGCAAUCUGUGCAAGCGUGAAACAAAGAGGAAGUCGAACAUGGGCAGUUCAGUUUGUUGAGUUAGGCCCAUUUUCUCGCCACUCCCCGAGUGUGCAUUCAGGCAACUGAAGGCGUGGCAUUGAGAACGUUUUCACUUUCAAACGCCUCGGUUUUUUUCCGGCUCACGCGAACACUACUUCCUCCCAGGAAUUUCAAGUUUGCCAACAAACCAGUCAGCAUGGCUGUCGUUGGGGGGAUCAGGUGCCUCAAGUAUCUCAUGUUUAUAUUCAACUUAUUCUUCUGGCUUGCAGGUACUGCCGUCUUUGCCAUCGGCCUGUGGUUGAGAUUAGAUCCCAAGACCAAAGGCCUUUUUGAAGGACCAGAUUCUCCAUAUGUAUUUUACACCGGCGUGUACAUCCUGAUCGGAGCUGGGGCAUUGAUGAUGGUCGUAGGAUUUCUUGGAUGUUGCGGUGCCAUCCAGGAGUCUCCUUGCAUGCUGGGACUGUUUUUCUUCUUCCUGCUUAUCAUCUUUGCCAUUGAAGUCGCUGCUGGUAUCUGGGGAUUUUCCAACCAGAGCAAGGUGGUGGAUGACAUUACCACAUUCUACGUGCAGACCUUCAACAACUACAAGGAAACAAAGGAUGAACGUCUCAAAGAGACUCUGCGCGUGAUUCAAACUGGCCUAAACUGUUGCGGUCCAACUGGUACUGUGUUGGAUGCUGCCAAGGACACUUGUCCUCCAGGAGAGUUACUUGAGGAGCUCAUCACCAAGAGCUGCCCCGAUGCCAUUGAUGAGGUGUUUGACUCAAAGCUGCACAUCAUAGGAGGAGUGGGCGUCACUAUAGGGGUCAUAAUGGUGUUUGGGAUGAUCUUUAGCAUGCUCCUGUGCUGUGCCAUCAGGAAAUCUCGAGAGGUGGUGUGACACCCACCAAAGCGUUAUAGAGUCCUCGUUAAUGUUGCAUGAUGUCAUUCUUAGAGUCACAUGACUUCCCACUGUCAAUUGAAACACAGCUUGUUCAAUGUGGGGGGAAUCAUACCCUCCAUCUACAUGGUUGACAGGCCCAGCCCAGAAUGGGUGUCAUCUGUGCUUGAGUGAAAAAUGUACCACAUUGAGAUCACACGAAUGAAUUUAGUGCUUGUGCAAAUGACCUUAACUGGAUUGGCUUAUUAUUUAUUGAUCACUUCUCAAUUGAGACCUCUCACCUACUGGCAAAAGGAGAUGUGGAUCACAGCCAAAUAAGUCCACCGCCUCUUUGGCAGAAUGCAUCAGCUGCCAAAUGAAUGGUUGAAUUCAUUUGAAUUAGAGUAACAGGAUGCUGAGCUGUAAACCAUUUUUCUAAUUGAGAAUCAAGUGGUAUCCUUUGUGACAUUUUUUUGGCUCACCUCUUUCUAAAUGCUUGUUUGUGUCAUGUUUUUUCAUUCCUCUUUAUAUAUGCACACAUGAAGUGUUAUGUAUUUUCAGAAUACCUUGUAAUUUUAUUGAAUUUGGUUGAUUUAUAUCACACCAACAGAUGAUUCAAGAGUCAAAUAAACCAAAAUGGAGACCUA